CUCCAUCUCCGUUGCAAGAUCGAUCAGAUCGUAACCCUAGCUCCGUUCUUGAGGCCUGCCGCCUCUGAUAUCCCGCCCUCGGAAUGCUGAGAUUGCAGCUCUAGCUUACUGAGUGAGGCUUGCAAAUAUGAAAAAUGUGCCUUCUUCAAAUGUUGAAGAGCACACAAUGCCAAUCACACGAUCUCGAGCAAAAACAUUGGCUUCUUCUGGAGGGCUACCUCCUUUACACCCGUUUAAUCAAGACAGGAAAGAGUUCCAAAGAACAAAGUCAAAACGAAGUCUACCAGAUGAGAAGCAACAGGAUACUGGUCAGCCAAAGAAAAGAGCUGUUCUUGAGGAUGUCACAAAUGUAGUCUGUGGAAGUUCAUCCUUUAACUGCAUGCGGGAAACUAAAAUCCAGAAUAAGAAAAACCCAGCAAAGAGAUCUGCUAAGGUGACUCCUGGUAUCUUAGUUAAUAAACGGCCACAUCUUCAAGUGAAUAGGGAACACAAUGUAAUCCAAGAACACAAUGAAGCAAACACAGAAAUCCGUUCACCUACAAACUCCAGUAAGAGAGUGUUAAAUCAGCAAAGCAAGAGUGAUGCAGUGAGGCAAUGUGGUGAAGCAGAUCGAAUGCUUAUGUACAAGUGUACCUCAGCAACGGUUGCACAUGAGAGCGCAUCAGAAAGAGAUGAAAACAAAGGUUUCUGCAAAACUGAAGCUUUGGACAGUCUAGGGAUUUUAGACAUAGAUUCAAAGCACAGGGACCCACAAAUGUGCAGUGUGUAUGCCCCUGAUAUAUACACCCACCUGCAUGCUAUGGAGCUUGACCGCAGGCCUUCAUCCGAUUUCAUGGAAAGGCUGCAACGAGACAUUACCAUGGGCAUGCGAGGCAUACUGGUCGAUUGGCUUGUUGAGGUUUCUGAAGAAUAUAGGCUAGUUCCAGAUACACUAUAUCUGACCGUGAAUCUUAUUGAUCGUUUUCUCUCGGAAAAUUACAUUGAGAAACAAAGACUCCAGCUGCUUGGUGUGACAUGCAUGCUAAUUGCUUGCAAGUAUGAAGAAAUUUGUGCACCUCGCGUGGAAGAGUUUUGCAUUGUCACUGACAACACGUACACGAAGGAAGAUGUUGUGAAAAUGGAAACUCAAGUUUUGAACUUGUUAGGUUUUCGACUUGGUGUUCCUACCACCAAGAAAUUCCUCAGGCGAUUCGUUCAAGCAGCACAAGCUUCAUAUGAGGUUCCAUCUGUUGAGCUGGAGUUCUUGGCAAAUUAUUUGGCGGAGUUAACUCUCGUUGACUAUGGCUUCCUUGCAUUUCUUCCAUCUAUCAUUGCUGCUUCGGCUGUGUUUCUAGCUCAAUGGACCCUCAACCACUCUCAACACCCAUGGAAUCCGACGUUGGAACAUUACACGAGGUACAAGGCAUCCGAGCUGAAAGCACCCGUUUUUGCUCUCCAGAUUUUACAAUUGAAUUCCAACCAAUGCAACCUUAAAGCCGUAUGUGACAAGUACAAGCAACCAAAGUUCAAGUGCGUGGCAACUCUGGCAUCUCAAGAACUGCUUCAUUCACUGUUCUCGGAAUAAACAGAUUCUUCUUCAUUAACCGUUCUUGGAAUGAACAGAUUCUGUGUGUGUAUGAACCAUUGCACUGUACGGAUGCGUAAAAAGAUUGUUUCUUUGUAUUGUGAGCGGCUCUAAUCUCGUCACGAAGGGCUGUCAAUUUUGUUCUGUUAUGUUCAUCCCUCAAUCUUCUAAAAGAAAAUUCAGUUGUAAUCAAGUUCUGGUUCUAUCAAUCUUUGUGCAUGCAACAAUUGGAAAAGAGACAUUUAAAAAGUGGGUUAAGUGAUGGUACUAUAAAUCGACCCUCGGGCU